AUGGCACCAAUUAACCUCAGCUCAGCGUUUGCGACGGCCUUGUGCGGAGUUGUGGCAGUCUGCGUGUUUCUCUGGAGUCUUCUGCACCUCACGCAUGGCAAAGAUGAGCCUCCCAUGGUCUCUACCUCUAUUCCAUUCGUCAGCCCCAUACUAGGCAUGGUCGAAUGGAGUAAGGACUUUUACGUGCACAUGCGGGAGCAACACCGAAAUCUGCCCAUCUACACCCUCAGGUUACCCGGGGUCCGCCUUUACGUGAUCAACUCGUUGGAUCUCAUCCCCGUGGUGCAGCGCCAGUGGCGCACACUGAUAUCCGCACCGAUACAAGUGAAAGCUGCCAAGGUGGCCAUGGGUGCAAGCAAGGAAGCCCUCGCCAUCAUGGAAAGUGACAUGGUGACCGAAAAAGGCUUCAUGAGCGGAAUGGUCAAGGCCACCCACCCCACCAUGAGCAACGGGCCGCCAUUGGACGCUCUGAAUAACGAUGCGUUUGAGGUCUUUGACAAGGCACUAAAGCACUUAUCUUCGCCCACGACCCUCAGUAUGUACGAUUGGAUCAGCAGACUGGUCAUGCGCGCGACAACAGAGGCGAUAUAUGGGCCGUCUAACCCGAUGAGAGACAGCCGUAGCCUCGAUGCCUGGUCCAAAUUUCACCCAUCGCUGAUGUACAUCAUGCUGGACAUCCUGCCACAAAGCAUCUUCUUCGGGCCAGCCAUGGAAGCCCGGGAGCGUAUGGUUAAGGCAUUCACGAAAUACUACACCGAAGGCAGCUACAAGCAAGGCUCCGCCUACAUCCAAGAGUUCAUAGAGCACUGCAUCAGCCAGGAGAUACCAGAAGACGACAUACCGCGCCUCCUGGUGGGCACCGUCUUCAACAACGUCGCCAACACAAUCCCCUCCGCCUUCUGGGUGAUCUACCGCAUCUUCAGCGACCCGGACGCCCUGGAGGAAUGCAGGCGGGAAGUCAGCCAGGCGGUGCGGGCCGGCGACGAGAACGGGACCGCGGAGUCGGUCCUCGACCUCAGCCUCGUCUUGGCCUCGUGCCCGACCCUCCUCUCCACCUACCACGAGGUCUUCCGCCACCACGGCAUGGCCAACUCGGUCCGCGUCGUCCGCGAGGACUGCUCGCUGGACGACAGGUACCGCCUCCGCAAGGGCGGGCUGGUGAUGAUGUCGGCCCGGGCGCAGCACAGUAACCCCGACGUGUGGGGCCCGGACGUGGACGACUUUCGCCACGGGCGCUUCCUCAAGCAGCAGGGUCAGCCGCGGCCGAACCCCGUUGCGUUCCGGGGUUUUGGGGGUGGCACGACGCUGUGUCCUGGCCGACACUUCGCCACGAGUGAGAUCCUGCUCCUGGCGGCGCUGCUGCUGCUUCGCUUCGAUGUUCGGCCGGCUGCGGGAGAGUGGGUUGUUCCAUCGACUGCGAAGUCUUCGCAGGCUGAGGCUGUGGAGCAGCCUGAUGAAGAUGUCGAGGUCGUGUUUGUGCCGAGGCCCGAGGUGGCUGGGAGGACAUGGCGUAUAGAGUGCUCUGGGCGCCGGGAUGCUGAGCUCUUGGUUCAGAAAUGA